AUGUCAGCUUUAACUUGUUUUGUUUAACAGACUUUUUGAGUCACAUAUAACACUUUAGGUUCUAAACAGUUUGAUUGAAUUCUGUUAGAAGUCAUUACCAUGGCUACUACACACAAAAUAAAUUCGAAUGGUGAUGAACCAAAACAAAAAAUGUCAAGACUUGAUGUUAAAAUGGAAUCGGGAAGUGGGCCAAUUACUCAAUUCGAAUCAAGUGAUCCUAAUAAAAAUAAAUCAUGUGACGAAGCAUUCACAUUGGGCAAAAUGUUCUGCGAAGGCAAAACUAAAGUAGUUUACGAAAUCAACACGAAAACUCCUGGUCGAUGCCUAAUUGUUUCAAAGGACAUAAUAACUGCUGGUGAUGGGGCAAAACGAAACGUCAUGGAGGGAAAAGCUGAAUUAUCCAGUGCCACAAACGCAGCUGUGAUGCAAAUGCUCAAUGAUUUUGGUCUAAAGACUGCAUUUAUUAAAGGGGUGAACAAGAAAUCCUUCUUGGCUUGGAAAUGUGACAUGAUCCCGAUUGAAUGGGUGGCACGACGUGUGGCGACCGGUUCAUUUAUUCGACGUCAUGUUGGUGUAAAGGAAGGCUACAGGUUCUCACCUCCAAAGCUUGAAACAUUCUAUAAGGAUGAUGAAAACCAUGACCCACAGUGGAGCAGAGAGGUUUUAGAAGAAGCCAAGUUGAAAUGUGGAAAAAUUGUUGUGACACCAGACUUGAUUGAUAUUAUGGAGAAAAUGACGAUCACAAUAUUUGAAGUGUUGGAGAAAGCAUGGAAAUCAAAGAAUGUGAGUUUGAUUGACAUGAAGAUAGAGUUCGGGGUUCGACAAGAUACGAAUGAGAUCGUUCUUGCCGAUGUCAUUGAUAAUGACUCAUGGAGAAUUUGGCCGAGUGGAGACAAACGGUUGAUGAAAGAUAAGCAGGUGUAUAGGAACUUGAAAGAAGUUACAAACGGUGACAUGCAGAAUUUAAAGGAAAACUACACCUGGGUGUCUAACCAGUUAACUGCUAUUUCUGAAGCUCUAAAUGAGGAUAAAAACUCUGUCAGGGUGGCAGUGUGCAUGGGGUCUCCUAAGGAUAUGGCUCACUGCAAUAAGAUAAAGGCAGGAUGCACAGAGCUGGGGGUACGAUGCACAUUACAUGUUUCAUCUGCUCAUAAAUCAACUACAGAAACCUUGAAAAUGCUUGCUAAGAUUGAGGAUGAGGCCAGUGUCACACCAACAGUGCUGGUAGCUGUAGCAGGAAGAAGCAACGGUCUUGGGCCAGUGAUCAGUGGAAAUUCAGUGCUGCCAGUCAUAAAUUGCCCUCCACCAUCUGAACAGUGGGGGAGGUCGGACAUUUGGUCAUCACUGCGGCUUCCCUCAGGUUUAGGCUGCGCAACACUGCUGGACCCACAAGCAGCAGCGACCUGUGCUUCUCAGAUACUUGCCCAGCAUACUCCAUUGGUUUGGUCUCGUCUCAGAGUGAAGCAAAUGCAGUAUUGGAUAGAUUUGAAACAGGCCAACGAUGGCCUCAAUUAACUUUACACCAAAGUAGGCAAACUUUUUGCAUGUGAUGUAUUUGAUUCCUGCCACAAGACACAUUGUCCCGAAAAAUUUGAUUACUCAUGUUUUGCCCUUCCUGCCAUGCUAAUUCUACCAUAACUGUACCAUUCAUGUUUUCAAGAAGCUUGUCUUAAGAUAUCUUCUAAUGCCAAAUAGUAUUUCUAUUUAUGCAAUAACUUUUCCUGCCAACUGUACCAACAUCUGUAAUGAUCUGCAUACAAUGCCAUACAUUCACAUUUCAAACUCAAAGCGCUUGUAUUUGGAUCUGUAAAUGAUUCUGUGUAUGUGAGAUCACAAGGUUGUAAAUACAACAAAUUGAAAGCAA